AUGGCUAUGAAGACUUUCUCAACUAAGGUGUAUCUUGGAGAUACCGUUCGUAUAUCUGGUGACAGCACUAGUGAAUUGGGUUUAGUGUCGAAGACUUGGUUUGAAUUUGAGGAUCCACCAGAGGAAGAUUCAGUUUCAGGACUUCUUUCUGGAAUGUUACCUAAAGGCCACGCAGUUGUAUCUUGGUUAUCUGGAAGAUCGCCUGAAAAUAUUAAUGAGGAUCAGUUGAAGUUAACAUCGUUCUUAGUUGGAGAUGUUGUAAAGAGAUCGGGAAACGACAUGAUGUCUGGAACGGUUAUCAGCGUUAAUGGAUUAGCUGACAUUAGCAAGCAUGAAGUUACUAAUGACAUUAUUACAGAAGUAAACACUAGAGAUUUAACUUACUACUGGAAAUAUAGGGAGGGGGAUUACAUCAUAUAUAACAAUUGGCUUGGAACAAUUCGCUCGGUUUCGGAUGAGGUGAUGUUACGUUUUGCUGAUGGAGCUUUUUGUACUGUCAAAAAAGCGGAUCUAUUGGAACCUGACGAAACAAUAAACCGAUACUCUACUUUCUAUCCCGAUCGAUAUGCAGUCGGCGAGAACGUUCGUGGCGAUAGUAAAGUCUUUCGAAGCGCAGUAUACCACCACGGAACCUAUUCACCAAACCAUAAAGACGCAGUAGUUUCUGGUUCUCGGACCACUAAGAUCAAGGUUCGAUGGAUUAUGCGCAAUAGACAUGCUUCUGAUCAAACUUCCAAUGCCAUUCCACCGCCUACAGAUAUUUAUGACUUGGAUAACGUUAUAGUAUUUGAGAGUAUAAAUGAACACGCUACUCUCGAGAUUGCCGACAGGGUAAUAUUUAAAGGUGCAGAGACGGCAAGCGCGUAUGGAGCUCCGGAAAUAGCGUUAGAUAAUGUAUCGUACGAGGGUCUUUGCACGCAACCUCCGUAUCUUGUCAUCAACAUUCAAACCAUGGUCGAUAUUCAAUGGCAAGAUAUGAGUAUAGAGAAGAAUGUGCGAGCAAUUGAUUUGGUACCAUAUCUGAAUGUCGACGAUCAGGACGUAUGGCCGGCUGAUUAUGUACUUUCCAAGACUGACGACAAAACAGGAACGGAACGCAUGGGUAUUGUUCAGCGCGUGAAUGCAGUAGAUAGGUUGGCAACAGUACGCUGGUUCGGACAAGAGCCCGGUAAACUCGAGGACGAACCCGAAGAAUUGAGUCUUUAUGAGAUAGUCGUACAUCCAGACUUGCAAUGCGGGCUAGGAGAUAAAGUACUUUUGUGGCAGCAAAGUGCAAUCCAUACGGCGUUGCCACCAUUAUCAUUGUCAAAUGUAAUUGAAAACAAUGCUGUAUUGGAGCAAAUCGCAUUGCAACUAAGGAGAUUAUCAAACGAAGAGGCUAAAAAUGUGCAGGAGCGCGAAGAAAAUGAAGUUAAUAGAACAGACGAUUAUGAUGAUUGGUCAAGUGAAUCUGAGGACGAAAGCGAUAUUGAAUCUGACAGUGACAGUUGGGAGACUAAUAUCAGGCAAAUCGAAAUUGCACAAACAAACGAUACAAAUGAGAAUAUGUCUGAAAAUGAAAUGGAAAUAGAUAGUCCCACAAGUCGUGUUGCAUACGGGUGGCUUCCGUUCGAGAUGCUAGAAGAGCCUCCUGAAGAUCACCGCUUUUUAAAGCAGACAGAACAAAGCCGAUCAAGAGCAUGCCUACAACGCAUAAUCAAAGAACACGGUAUAUUACGAAAAUCAUUACCAGGUAGGACGACUGUGUUUGUCGCACUAGAAGGUUACCCGUUUACAUUUAACAUUCCUUCUUCGAUAGACGGCAUUUUGGUACGCUCGUUCGAAAACCGAAUGGAUUUGCUUCGCGUGUUAAUAUUCGGGUCGUCACAAACGCCAUAUGAAGAUGCAUCGUUUUUGUUUGACUUUUCAUUACCAAAUGACUUUCCUAAUGUACCACCAAUUGCAUUCUUUCAUUCAUGGACUGGUGGGAUCGGGCGGAUUAAUCCCAACCUGUAUGAAGACGGAAAAGUCUGCCUAAGCCUCCUGAAUACCUGGCACGGUAGAGAUCAAACGGAAGUCUGGACACCCUCAUCAUCCUUGCUACAACUAUUUAUCUCUCUUCAAGCUCUGGUGCUAACUCGAUCGCCAUGGUACAAUGAGGCUGGAUACGAGAAGUUUGUUGGCACGGAAGAGGCAGUCACAUCGGUGGCGGUUUAUAAUGAGAAGGCAUAUAUUCUGAGUCUAAGAGCAAUCGUUAAGGCACUCCAUAAUCCACCCGGCUGUUUUUCUGAAGAAAUCAAAUCACAUUACCUCAAGAAUAAAGCCCUUCUACGCGUCAUCAAUAAAGCUGAGAAAGUAAUAGCAAAUAGCGAGUCCGAUAACCAUGCAACCACCUCUGAUGAUGUUGUUGUUCGAGUGAGCAAAGGCGCGCUUAAGUUAUUGAAAAAUACAACGGAAACACUGAAAACUGUUUGGAAGGAAAAUCAGUGA